AUGUCUCCCAUCCCCUCUUCGCAGAACAACUGGGCCGCCGUCAACUCUUUCGACAUUGAGACCGAAAGGAUGAUCGAUUCGCUUCUAGCAGACUCGGCCGCUUCCAAUGCUGCCAGCAGCGACAACUACAUUGCCGGCGACGAAACGAUGCAACUUGGUUCCGCAGGUUGUGUUCCAACUUGGCCCGGCUCAGUAUCUCGCUCGCUCAGCGACAAUGCUUCCAUCUUCGGCCUUUCGCCUUCGCUGCCUCUCGGUGUCUCUCCCGGUGUUUCCAGCCAAUACCAAUCUGAAUCGUCCAAAUCCGGCAGUGCCUGGCCGCUGCAUUCCGACUUUGGUGCCGCAGAACCGUUCUCUGCUGCCAACUUCGACAACAACAUGUACUCUGCCUUUUCGGACUCAAUGCUACCUAGUCUUUCGAACGGUAGCACCCUGACCCCUUCCGAUGCACAGAGUCUGCAAAAUGACGUGGCCCAACCUCUUGGCACUAUACCCCCGACCAGCAUGCCCGUGGGCGACAUGGAGGAAUUCACCAACAUGUCAAAGGACGCUGUCUCCUCACCGCAGCUCAGUCCUGCUAGUUUCGCUUCGCAGGAAUCGCCUCUGGUUGCCAACUCGACCUUGACAGGAUACCACUCAAACAUUGCCUCUGACCACGCUGCGCAUCUCGCCGAUCUUGUCAAGGCGAGCAACAUCGUAAACGCAGGUCAUCCUGGUCCACGUUCGCUCGCAUCAAGUCUCAGCCGCUCCGUUCUCAACGCCGAUUCGUUUGGACGCCCAGACUCAAUGCUCCACGACGCUGGUCAUACUCAGAACAAGGGGCUCACUAUCCAGCAACGACGGCGCAUGAGCCACAUGGCCCAUCCACACCCCCCACUUUCGCCCAACCCUGCUAUGUCGGAUGCAUCCCAUUUUCCUGAAAAAGGCCGCCGACGCCAGAAUUCUGCACCCGAUCCCAUCUUGCCUGCCCUUGGGUGCUCGCCCGAUACUCCCAAGACGCCGCUUCCCAAGAUGCGUCGACCUUCUCGUGUCGGCUCGGUCGGCGGGGCCGACUCAACCGCUUCGCAAUCGUUUGGCAUGCCUGCCUCUCUCGAAGAUUCCGACGGGUGGACGGAUGCUGUCGUGGCCAACUCGCACGACCUCGUCUUUGUGCUAUCGCUCAAAGGCACUGUGCUAUACAUAUCUCCGUCGGUGCAGCGCAUUCUCGGCUUCCACCCGGAAGAGAUCAUUGGUCGACCGCUUGUCGAUUUCAGUCAUCCUGCCGACAUCGGUCCGUUUUCGCGCGAGCUCAAGGAAGCCAUCACUCUGCCGUCAGGCGACGACCAAGACCCAGAUGCGCACAACACCACUGCUGUGAAAGCGCAUCGCCGGGUCGACCUCAUCAUGCGCAUGAUGCGCAAGGAUGGUACGUUCAGCCUCAUCGAGACCACGGGUCGGGUGUCGGUCGAUCCUCCCAAGCAUCGCAAGGUGGUCGUUUGCUCCGGACGUCCCCAUCCCGUACCCAUGCUUCCCUGGAACGACGUACGCCAGGAUCUGCUCAAUGUGGAGCUGUCCGCAUGGCUCAAGAUCUCGCACAAUGGCAUCUUCCUUGGCGCCACCGGCCCUAUUCAGCAGAUUCUUGGUAUCGAAGAUGUCAACCUGCUUGGGCGUCAUGUACGUGACUUGCCGAUGGUGACGAGCUCGUCCGAUUUGCUAGAUGCGUUGCGCACUGGGCGAUGCAUUUCUGUGCAGGAUCAUUACGAGGGUCCCAACUCGCUGCAGAAGGCACCUGUCAAGUUGACCGUCUACCCGUGGACGUCGAACGGCCGUUCGAAUGCGGUUUCGUUCGUACACGUGCAGCAGCAGCCGGCGAGCCUGGCUACGAGCAGUGCGGCUUCGUCAGCGCAGCAGAGUCCUGCACUGUCGGCUGCACCGUCGAGUACUGUUCCUGCGAAGCGCAAGGCGCCUGACUGCGACGGGGUGCAGUCGUCGAAAGUGUCGCAAAUGCCACAACAGCAGCACACCGGUAGUGGCUCGUUGAGCGGUUCGUCGUACCCACUCAAUGGCACGUCUGUACCUGUCAUGACGGCGAACGAUGCAGCCAACACGGUCUUUUCGGAGCUCACGGGCUUCCAUGCCGGGUCUUGGCUCAUCGAGAUGCAGCGUCUGCACAACGCCAAUCGCAAGCUCAGGCAUGAGUUGACCGCGUUGAGGAAGCGCUCGUCUCAUAACGUAGCGGUCGACUCGACCAGCGUUUCUGCCUGCUAA